UAUUACAUUAAUAAGAAAUUUAAGUGCUCUUUAUUGGUAAUGUUAAACUAAAAAAUAAACUGUAAUAAACGAAAGUGCAUUAUUUAUAUUAUAUAGAAUAUAAAUCGGCGUAAACAACGUACAAUAAUUUGUAUAGAUUAUUACAAUUUUUCGUACACUAAUAUUUACCAAAAUUUUAUGGUAUUAUCAUGGACUCCCAAUUUAUACAUAAAUUUAAGCAGUUUGAUGCUUAUGCUAAAACUUUAGAAGACUUUAGAGUGAAAACAGCCACUGGAGCAUUUAUUACUAUAACGGGUGCAGUUAUAAUGGUUCUACUAAUUCUAUCUGAAAUGCAUACAUAUUUAUCACCUAAUAUAUCAGAAGAAUUAUUUGUUGAUACAUCACGUGGACAUAAAUUAAGAAUAAAUUUUGACAUAAUAGUACCAAGGAUUUCCUGUGAUUAUUUGGUAUUAGAUGCUAUGGAUUCUUCUGGUGAACAGCAUCUUCAAAUGGAUCACAAUAUACAUAAGAGACGUUUAGAUCUGAAUGGCACACCUAUAGAAGAACCUAAAAAAGAAGAAUUUCCAGUCUUGUCACCUGUUAAGCAAAAUACUACUAAGACUGCCAAGAUCACAUGUGGAAGUUGCUUUGGUGCAGCUUUCAAUGAAACCCAGUGCUGUAAUACUUGUGAUGAUGUCAAAGAAGCCUAUAGAUUAAGAAGAUGGGCAUUACCUGACUUGUCAACUAUUGAACAAUGUAAAGAUGAUGAAUCAUUAGAUAGAACUAACCUGGCCCUCAAGGAAGGCUGUCAGAUUUAUGGAUACAUGGAAGUGAAUAGGGUUGGUGGAAGUUUCCACAUAGCACCAGGCAAAAGUUUUACCAUAAAUCAUGUACAUGUUCAUGAUGUCCAACCAUUUUCCUCCUCAGUUUUUAACACAACACAUAUAAUAAAGCAUUUAUCAUUUGGAACAGAUAUAGAGAGUGGCAAUACUGCUCCUCUUGAUGGUGUAAUUGGACAAGCCAAUGAAGGUGCUGUUAUGUUUCAGUAUUACUUAAAAAUAGUUCCAACCGUGUAUGUUAGAUUAGAUAAUACUGUAUUACACACUAACCAGUUCUCUGUAACGAGACAUCAAAAAUCUGUUUCCAAUGUUAAUACAGAAUCUGGAAUGCCAGGGGCAUUCUUUAGUUAUGAACUGUCACCUCUAAUGGUGAAAUAUACUGAAAAAGGAAGGUCAAUUGGUCACUUUGCUACAAACAUUUGUGCAAUAGUUGGAGGUGUUUUCACUGUUGCCGGUAUAUUUGACACACUAUUGUAUCACUCUCUUAAUGCAUUUCAUAACAAAAUUGUAUUGGGCAAAGCAGGCUAAAUGAUAGAUACUAAAUCACAAAGUCUUUAAAAACAAAUUGAAAUCAUCAACAUUACAUUUAGCAUAAUUUUUACAAAAUUCUGAAUCUGUGUUUUCAAUCAAAGCCUUCAGUGGAAUAUAAUUUUCUUUAUUUGCAUUAUACUGAGCUCUACCAAGGGUCUGCAAAAACAUAUGACGUUGUUUCACCUUGAAAUUUCUACAAAGAAGCACAUUAGGAUAAUGCAAUAUUGAGCUAUGGGGUAUCUUAAUGACAUUAUGGAGGUAAUUGAAUCUUUCCAACAAGGAUUUUUGACCUGAAACAAAUAUUUUAGACUUGUUAAAAUUUUUAAUAAAGUUUCUGAUUAUACA